AUGGCCCUGGACGCAUGGAGACACUGGCUAGAGGGAGCCUUGCACCAGUUCCUCGUCUUGACCGAUCAUAAGAACCUGCAAUAUUUAAGGGAGGCAAAAAGACUCAACCCACGACAAGCACGCUGGGCAAUGUUCUUUUCCCGAUUUAAUUUCAAAAUCUCCUAUCGUGCAGGGUCAAAGAACCUCAAAGCCGACUCCCUCUCUCGACUACGCUCCAACAGCAUCGCCAAUGACGAUGAUCACAUACUCUCAGAGAAAAUUUUUGUCACCCAUCCACUGGGAGCACCCGCAAUCCGUGUCAGAUCCAGCACCAAUCAAUCCCCAGAACUGUCCCCCCAAUCGCCGGUUUAUCCAGGAAGUGGAUCGCAAUCCACUCAUUCAAUCAGUCCACGCUUCAUUAGGCACAGGACACCCGGGAAUCGAGCGUACACUCUCACUCCUGCCGGAUCACUACUCGUGGCCCAACAUGGGGAAGGAUGUGCGAAGGUUACCAACCCCCAUUAUUUCCCUGGAACGGAGAACCCUCUGACCUCCCGACAGUCGACAGCUGGUUUCGAACAAGUGAGGAAGUUUGGGAAGAAGCUCACCAUCAUCUGCAAAGUGCUGUACGCAGACACAAGAGUAACGCCGACCGACGUCGAUCCAUCGCUCCAUCAUUCCGACCGGGAGAUAAGGUAUGGCUCUCGACUCGAGACAUGCGUCUACGUCAGCCAUGCAAAAAGCUCAAUCCCAGAGCCUGGCCCAGAAGAAGAAACACCUCCUCCUUCGAUCAUAGAAGAUGAGGGAACCAUCUACCAAGUAAGGGACAUUCUGAACUCCCGUCGUCGCGGUGGUCGCCUGGAAUACUUGGUGGACUGGGAAGGCUACAGUCCAGAGGAGAGAUCAUGGGUACCUCGAGUUGACAUCCUUGACCCCACUCUGCUAGACGAGUUUCAUCACACCCAUCCCGACCGCCCAGCACCAAGGGGUAGAGGCGUGCGCACAUCUCCCUCGCCGUUGUCUCAGUGUGCCCUCCGAACCGACCGCGCCAUCCCCGAAUCUCCACGUAGAAUGGAGAUGAAUGCAAAGAUUAAUGCAAAUGCUGAAGUGACAGAAGACAACCAAGCUGAUUCCGGAGACAGCAAGAACUCACAUGAAGGUGGUUACGUGAAUGAGGACAAUGUGGAGACCCAAAGUCCCAGAACCUUUAAGCAAUCUGAGAGUUCAGGAGACACUGCAUUGAGCAGGUGUUACAGACUGACUGCUGUGUGUAUGGUGCUGCUGUAUCUUCUCCUGUUGAUGGCCAUGACAGUGUUGUGGAUCAAAUUCAGUAUGCAGAAUACAGCAAACAGUCAGCUACAGAUCAAUUACAGCACCCUGUCUAAUGAGAGAAACCAGUUACAGACCAAUUACAGCGCCCUGUCUAAUGAGAGAAACCAGUUACAGACCAAUUACAGCACCCUGACUAAUGAGAAAAAACUGUUACAGACCAGUUACAACACCCUGACUAAUGAGAAAAAACAGUUACAGACCAGUUACAGCACCAUGACUAAUGAGAAAAACCAGUUACAGACCAGUUACAACACCCUGACUAAUGAGAAAAACCAGUUACAGACCAGCUACAACACCCUGACUAAUGAGAAAAAACAGUUACAGACCAGUUACAACACCCUGACUAAUGAGAAAAACCAGUUACAGACCAGUUACAGCACCCUGACUAAUGAGAAAAAACAGUUACAGACCAGUUACAACACCCUGACUAAUGAGAAAAAACAGUUACAGACCAGUUACAACACCCUGACUAAUGAGAAAAACCAGUUACAGACCAGGUACAACACCUUGACUAAUGAGAAAAACCAGUUACAGACCAGGUACAACACCUUGACUAAUGAGAAAAACCAGUUACAGACCAGGUACAACACCUUGACUAAUGAGAAAAACCAGUUACAGACCAGUUACAACACCCUGACUAAUGAGAAAAACCAGUUACAGACCAGUUACAACACCUUGACUAGUGAAAAAAACCAGUUACAGACCAGAUACAACACCCUUACUAAUGAGAAAAAACAGUUACAGACCAGUUACAACACCCUGACUAAUGAGAAAAACCAGGUACAGACCAGGUACAACACUCUGACUAAUGAGAAAAACCAGUUACAGACCAGGUACAACACCCUGACUAAUGAGAAAAACCAGUUACUGACCAGAUACAACACUCUGACUAAUGAGAAAAACCAGUUACAGACCAGUUACAACACCUUGACUAGUGAGAAAAACCAGUUACAGACCAGGUACAACACCCAGACUAAUGAGAAAAACCAGUUACAGACCAGUUACAACACCCUGACUAAUGAGAAAAACCAGUUACUGACCAGAUACAACACUCUGACUAAUGAGAAAAACCAGUUACAGACCAGAUACAACACUCUGACUAAUGAGAAAAACCAGUUACAGACCAGAUACAUCACUCUGACUAAUGAGAAAAACCAGUUACAGACCAGGUACAACACCCAGACUAAUGAGAAAAACCAGUUACAGACCAGAUACAACACUCUGACUAAUGAGAAAAACCAGUUACAGACCAGAUACAUCACUCUGACUAAUGAGAAAAACCAGUUACAGACCAGGUACAACACCCAGACUAAUGAGAAAAACCAGUUACAGAAGGAGAGAGACGCAUACGUGAGGAUACUUGAUGAUUUGAAUAAAGGGAGUUGUUUCAUCUUCAGCUCCAGUUUUUAUUGCAUGUCUAUUGAGGAGAAGAGCUGGACUCAGAGCAGACAGGACUGCAGGGACAAAGGAGCAGACCUGGUGAUCAUAAACAGCAGAGAGGAACAGGAGGUCAUUGGUAAAAAGCUGGGACACUCUGAUUUUUGGAUUGGUCUGAGUGACAGGGAUACAGAGGGAGAGUGGAAAUGGGUGGAUGGUACACCAGUGACCACUGAGUUCUGGAAUAAAGGGGAACCGAACGGUGACACUGAAGAUGAGGACUGUGUUGAGAUUUAUAGUUAUUAUAAAAGGAAUGCCUGGAAUGACAAUAAAUGCUCUCGUACAAAAAAGUGGAUCUGUGAGAAACGUCUUCCACAGUGA